AUGGAUUUCUAUAGAAACAUGGAAAGAGGGGACACUUCUCCACCAGUUAGCGUGCAUUCUAUUCCAGGAGUGUUGGCUAUGAACGUUGGCAACGAAUUAGAUCCUCUUAGAGAUCCUCAAUGGGAUGCUGAAUCACUAAUCGCUGGUCGGUUCAGAGCCUAUACGAGAUCAAACCUUAGUGCCCCAUCUCAAGAAUAUAAUACUGAUGCAGACGAAAGUACGCAUCUGCUAGGGAAAAAGGUCCCAUCACUAAAGAGGAUGGUGUUAGAAUGGACGAGUACCUCUUGGAGACGAGCAUGGCUGUUGAAUAUUUUCCCCGUCGCAGUGGUUAUAAUAUGGGUUUCGGUUCCACUUCCAAACCGGCCCCCAGCAGAUUCGCCCGAAUUUCAACACGAAUCUUACUUUGCCUAUUUCUUACGACAACUCAUAACUUAUUUCAACUCCUACGGCAUACAAAAUCCACCCGGCUCGUCGCACGAAAUUAACUUUUGGUUUUUUUUAUUCUUCUAUUUCGGGUUCUAUAAUGCAGUUGCAUUACUCCUAAUCACCAAAAUAUUCGACCUGUAUUCUCUCAACUGGUGGCCAAAACAGCUAGGCGGAGUGCCUGCGUAUACAAUGUUCUGGCUUUUAUCACUUGCGGUUGGAACUGCCGUGUAUCUGUUCACAAAUCUCGCUGUGUAUAGUCUGACCUGGGUUUUGCUCACCUUUUUCACAAUGUCGAUGCCACUAUUGGUUGCGUUCAUCGUCAUUCGAUCCCAGAAUAGGAACAGAUAUCGACAUUCGUUGACAGCAGCUCAAAAGAUAUUCUUGGAAAGACAACUCCAAUCUCGUAUACCCGAAUCAUACUUUCGGUUUCUGUGGUUUUGUUGUGUGCUAUUCAUUGCCAUUUGCGCGUUGAUUGCUGGUGAGGCAUACGCUCAAGUGUUUCUCAGGUCAUUGCCACAUAAUGGCUGGGAAGGUUUAGUUUACGUUUAUUCUUGGGUCGCUACUAUUUACAUAUUGGAUACUGUUACGGAUUGGAUUAUCGAGAAUCGGAUUAGAUCAUACCCUUUGUCAUCGGUCUUCAAGUUAUAUUUCUUUAUGAUCUAUUUCAUAUUUUAUCGUAAUUUAUUUGCGAGGUUGCGAUCAGUUCGACAGUUUGCUGCUGUACAGUUAGCAAGUUCGUUAUGGGUGUGCUUCUUUUAUCCAUUAUGUAUGACCCAUAUUGUAUAUCGUACUUUGGUGUAUUUUGCGGGGGUUACCAAAUCUUACGAGCAAUAUCAAAAGCACCUUGGACGUUCAUUCUUCAUACGCAAUCUCGCAGAGAAUGCGACCAUGUUGGGUUUUUUAUGCUGGGUGGUCAUACUUAAUAUGGGGCCCAACAAAUGGGUGUAUCCGUAUUUUCAGUUCAAGGACGGGAUGGAAUACUCGUUUGAUUUAACUGUGAAGGCUAGUUGGGCUGUGUGGGGGAGCGAGUUGGCAAGCAGUUUUGUUACGAGGAAGAUAUUCAAGCAUGCGUUUCAGCAUGACGUGAGCAAAGAAGCAGCAAAAGAUUUUCGUGAAUAUCCCACUAUGGUCAUUGCUAUGGUGCUUGUCAUUAUUCAUGUGUUACAGGACAUGUUGCUUGCAACAUUGCAUGUAAUUUUCCAAGGUGGUCAUUCAUCCAAAUAA